UGAUGUGUAUGUCAGUCAGUCGGAUCGGGGUCACGGAAGCCAGCUUUCUCUCUAGUGUACAUCAUCAUCAUGGCGGUCGAUGGGUGUCUCCUUAUCACAGAAACAGUUCUGUAUUUUGUCGUGUUUUUCACUGGUUUGAUAUCUGCAGUUACUGUUGGAAUAUCACGGGUGUCAUUUGCUGGGGACUGUUUACUCUUUGCCGAGGUGAAAUGGUGCAAUUCGACUGCAUUCUACUUUACAGAGCUUGGUAGCAAUGGCGUGUGUGGAUUCAGCGUUGGACUAGAGAUAAUUGCCUGUUUCUAUGCCCUCCUUUUUGGUUUAUAUCAUGUGUCCAUCUUCUUUCAGUGGGCUAAAGAAAGGCGAGGGUUGUUGCUCCCAGCGAUUAUCAUCAAUGUAUUGUGCCUUGUUCUCCUCUUCAUUGAUUCCUGUAUACUCAGCAUUGGAUUCAAACGAUUUUGUGCAAGUUUAACGGGCGGCGCAUCUCUUGGAAGUAAAGUAACUGAUUGUGCAACGGUACCAGGUGAUCUUAAUUGGAACAGUGGAGCUACUUGUGGAACGACACAAGACAAAAAAUCUCAUGGCACCUACGCAGGCGGAAAUUUCUUUGGCUUUUUGACCACGGCACAGGGAGCGUCUUGGUUCGGUGUCUUGUUCUGGCUGAUUAUUCUUGUGUCUUGUAUCGUCCGACGUAUCCGAGACAGGCCGGCUCUGGACCCAAACUCUGACAAAGCCCCCAUCGCAAAUGUCACCAUCUAGAAGCACUUAGGCUUCUCCUCUCUGCCCUGUUAAAGGUGAAGUCAAACCACAGGUGUCAAAAUCACCAAGGAAGUUUUUCUGAAUUGAAAAAACUUCCAAGGAUUGAUUUUGCACCUCUUUUUUUUAAGAGCGGGAAAUUCCUGCAAACAAAUCUUUAUAUUAUAUUCUUUUAUUAUUAUGAUUUAAGCAACAUUUGCAUUGUUUAUAGAUUAAAAAAGAAUUUUUUUUACACAGUAACUAGUAGAGGUAAACAGUUAGGUAAAGUCGAACCGCAGGCGUCAAAAACAUCAAGGAAGUUGUUCUGAAUUGAAAGAACCCCCACGGAUCGAUUUGGCACCUUUUUUUAAAGAGGGAAGUUCCCGCAUAAAAUCUCUAUAUUAUAUCGUUUUACUAGUAAGAUUUUAGCAACAUUUGAAUUGUUUAGAGAGGAUGACAGAAUCAUUUUUUUUUACACACUUAUCAGUACAAACAAACAGUUGGUUUGAAUUCGUGUAGUUAAAAAAUAGCAAAAUGUACCAAAGGUGGGUUUCGGGGGAAGACCGUGCAGCUGAACAAUGUGAACAAACAUAGAUAAAAACAUUCGCUAUAAGAGUUGAGCUCAACAAGCCAUUUGCGUGUUAGAUUUGAAUAAUGUCUGGUACAAUGACUUGCUUGAUCACAAGUUAUCACUUAAGAUUAUAUUCCUCAGACUAGCGAGACAGUUGCUAUUCACAUGACUAAGGGCAAGCUUUUGCGUGGUUUGUAAGAGAAGGUGAACACCCAUACGCGAUUCUGAAUGGAUGUGUAUGGUACCAGGGUUUGCUUAUCUGGAGGUUGCUAUACAAAAGCUUGCCCUGAACCAU